UUUUUUUUAACCAAUGUUAGAAAGCCAAAAAUAACUUUAAACUCAACAAAGAAACCCUCAUAGGUCAUUGUGUUGCUUUUUCUUAAAACAAACCUCACACUGACGCACAGGAUUAUUUAUAGAGCUACGUCGUCAGAUGAAACCAUGUUGAGACUCACAUUUGCUAAUUAAGUAUUUAUUAACCAAACCAACUGAAUAAAAUCUUCCUUUAAGUAGUUAAGAAAAAAAUAAUAUCCUUACUUUUACAAAGAUGCAUUUGAACAAUCAGGGACACUUGCCUUUUUCUAAAUUUUACUUUGAGCGGGAGGUCAAAGGUUGUUGUUUACCUUCCUGCACACAUAAAUGCAGCUUUUUAGCUUAAACAAUCAGCUAUAGGCUGGCUAUCUCACGGACGAUGUGAACAGGGCUGCAACAGAUGGGGUCAAAUGGGAUCCAUUGAGACAAACGUUAUCUGAAAGCCUGCACACUGUAUGCUCAGGAGGGGAGAAGCAAUGACGAACAUAAUGCCUGUGUGUUCAUGCGUCUGUGUUUGUGUGCAGAUAGAAGGAGGUAAUACAUGAGUGCGGGUUGAUGAGUCUGUAGCGGUGCAGUAUAAAUAUCUGAGACCAAAGGGAGAAAGUGCAUCGGUUCAUCUGGGGCACCAAGGAGGAGGUGUGGAGACUUAAAAAGAAAAUAAUAGAAUUAGAGAAGGGAACAUGAAGGCAUCACGACGGUGACUGCAACGAAGAGCAAACAGAAGAGAAGAACCGACUCCCUACACUGUAAGGUCUGAAGAGAGAUUUAAUCAGGAGUGCUGAAAAAUUGACCCAGAAAUGGCCAACACAAGAGAAGUACUUUUGGCUUCACUGUUGCUCCUGGGAGUCAGUCUGCCUUGCUUCUCUGUGUAUAACAGUGGUGAAUGCUUCUUCAACACUAAAGCAAGCUGUGAAUACACGGGUCAGGUGUAUGGCAUUGGAGAGAGCUGGAUAACCAGUGAUUGCUACCAGUGUGUCUGCAUGGAGCCUUUUGGAGUGGGAUGUUGUGACCUUGCGACCAAGCCCGUUGACUACCCAGAAUGGUGCGAAGUCAUUCGUAAACCGGACUCUUGCACCAGUGUUGCUGUGAUGAGAGUCAAUCACAAAUUACCCUGUCUCUGGGGACAAGGACGUCUCAGAACAGCUGGGCAGCCAUGGAAAUCUGACAAUGGUCCUUUAUUUUAAUUUAAGCCAUUCUGGCAAAAGAAAAAAACAUUAAAAAUGUGAAGGUUGUUGAGAUAUAACAAAGAAAGAAAACACGAUCGUGAUUCUCCUUUUUAACAUUGUGACCAAUUUUUAUUUUGUGCAUCUGUUGACUAUGAAAGAGUUUUUUACUUUGUUCAAAGUGGUAUUUAAAAUAAGAGCUAUUAAUAAAUUAAAUGCUUAUACAUAAGUGUUAUAGUUCUUGCUAUUAUUUAUCCUUUUGACUUAAACUGAGAGUUGUAUUAUUUUGUUAUUUACCUUGUUGUAGUGUUGAUUAUGCUACUUUCAGACAGGGUGCAAAAAAGACACAUAUGCCGCUUUGGCAAAUAGAACUGACCAAACAGCAAUAAAAGAAAAAAAUUGUUUUUGUUUGUACCAUACAGAUUAUUUAUUCAUUUAU